GUGCUCCACUUCCUGUCCACUUAGUAUCUGCCGUGUGCUGAAUUGCUGCGGAGCUCUCUGGCGUCGGUGGAAAUUGGGGGUAAGGAGGGGUCCGUACUGUGUCGAAAACAGCUAUCAGCAGCAAUGAAGACAUCGAAGGCAGACCUCAUGAUGAGCUGAUGAGUUCAGCAGCAUGGAUCAGUGUGAGGAUAGAGGAACCACUCUGAGUGGGGAACAGGACAGACAGACCAAAGCUCAGAGCCAAGAGCAGCAGCACAGACAUGGACCUGAGUCUGAAGCUGAACCCAGCUGUGUGUCCAUUAAGAGGGAUCGGUCCACGAAGCCACCGCUGCGUUUUAAAGCUUCAUCAACAGCAGAGACCAUCCUGGGAAUGGACUCUGAUGAAUCUGAACCUGAACCUGAACCCAGCUGUGUGUCAAUGAAGAGUGACCAGUCUAAAGGUCACUUCAUUGAUUUUAAAGAACAACAUCCCUCUGCUGCAAAGAGGAUCUGUCAGAGACCAGCCUCUGCUGAACCUGAACCCAGCUGUGUGUCCAUGAAGAGUGACUGGUCUAAAGGUCACUUCAUUGAUUUUAAAGGACAACAACCCUCUGCUUCAAAGAGAUUCGACCAGGAGAGCUCAGAGGUUCCCAGUGGUCAGUCUGCCCAGCAGCAUGAAACACACCUUGACUCCAUAUUUAUGCUACUGGAGGAGAACAUCGUCACUUUUGUGAAAAACGAGCUGAAGAAGAUCCAGAAGAUUCUGAGGGAGGAUGAGGAGGUGUUGGAAGGUGAGGACCAAGAGCAGAGGAGCAGCAGAGAGGCAUUUCUGAAGAUCACACUGCACUUCCUGAGGAGAAUGAAGCAGGACGAACUGGCUGACUUUCUGCAGUGCGGAAGUCUUGCUGGAGUUCAUAAAAGUAAACUCAAAUCUAAACUAAAUAAGAAGUUCCAGUGUGUGUUUGAGGGGAUUGCUAAAGCAGGAAACCCAACCCUUCUGAAUCAGAUGUUCACAGAGAUCUACAUCACAAAGGGAGGGACUGCAGAGGUCAAUAAUGAACAUGAGGUCAGACAGAUUGAAACAGCAUCCAGGAAACCAGACAGACCAGAAACAACAAUCAGACAAGAAGACAUCUUGAAAACCCCACCUGGAAGAGAGGAACCAAUCAGAACAGUGCUGACAAAGGGAGUGGCUGGCAUCGGGAAAACAGUCUUAACACAGAAGUUCACUCUGGACUGGGCUGAAAACAAAGCCAACCAGGACAUCCAGUUCACAUUUCCAUUCACCUUCAGAGAGCUGAAUGUGCUGAAAGAGAGAAAGUACAGUUUGGUGGAACUUGUUGAUUACUUCUUUAGUGAAACCAAAGAAGCAGGAAUCUGCAGGUUUGAAGAGUCCCCGGUCGUGUUCAUCUUUGACGGUCUGGAUGAGUGUCGACUUCCUCUGGAUUUCCUCAACACUGAGAUCCUGACUGAUGUUACAGAGUCCACCUCAGUGGGUGUGCUGCUGACAAACCUCAUCAGGGGGAAUCUGCUUCCCUCUGCUCGCCUCUGGAUAACCACACGACCUGCAGCAGCCAAUCAGAUCCCUCCUGGGUGUGUUGACAUGGUGACAGAGGUCAGAGGGUUCACUGACCCACAGAAGGAGGAGUACUUCAGGAAGAGAUUCACAGAUAAGAAGCAAGCCAGCAGAAUCAUUUCCCACAUCAAGAAAUCACGAAGCCUCCACAUCAUGUGCCACAUCCCAGUCUUCUGCUGGAUCACUGCUACAGUUCUGGAGGACGUGUUGAAGACCAGAGAGGGAGGAGAGCUGCCCAAGACCCUGACUGAGAUGUACAUCCACUUCCUGGUGGUUCAGUCCAAAGUGAAGAACAUCAAGUAUGAUGGAGGAGCUGGGUCAGAUCCACACUGGACUCCAGACACCACGAAGAUGAUUGAGUCCCUGGGAAAACUGGCAUUUGAGCAGCUGCAGAAAGGCAACCUUAUCUUCUAUGAAUCAGACCUGACAGAGUGUGGCAUCGAUAUCACAGCCGCUUCAGUGUACUCAGGAGUGUUCACACAGAUCUUUAUAGAGGAGAGAGGACUGUACCAGGACAAGGUGUUCAGCUUCGUCCAUCUGAGUGUUCAGGAGUUUCUGGCUGCUCUUCAUGUCCAUCUGACAUUCACCAACUCUGGAGUCAACCUGCUGUCAGAAAAAAAAACAACAGAGGAAUCUGCAGAGACACACUUCUACCAGAGUGCUGUGGACAAGGCCUUACAGAGUCCAAAUGGACACCUGGACUUGUUCCUCCGCUUCCUCCUGGGUCUUUCACUGCAGACCAAUCAGAAUCUCCUACGAGGCCUGCUGACACAGACAGGAAGUAGCUCACAGACCAAUCAGGAAACAGUUGAGUACAUCAAGAAGAAGAUCAGUGAGGUUCUGUCUGCAGAGAGAAGCAUCAAUCUGUUCCACUGUCUGAAUGAACUGCAUGAUCGUUCUCUAGUGGAGCAGAUCCAACGGUCCCUCAGUUCAGGACGUCUCUCCACAGAUAAACUGUCUCCUGCUGACUGGUCAGCUCUGGUCUUCAUCUUACUGUCAUCAGAAGAAGAUCUGGAUGUGUUUGACCUGAAGAAAUACUCUGCUUCAGAGGAGGCUCUUCUGAGGCUGCUGCCAGUGGUCAAAGCCUCUAACAAAGCUCUACUGAGUGGCUGUAAUCUGUCAGAGAGAAGCUGUGAAGCUCUGUCCUCAGUUCUCAGCUCCCAGUCCUCUAGUCUGAGAGAGCUAGACCUGAGUAACAACAACCUGCAGGAUUCAGGAGUGAAGCUGAUCUCUGUUGGACUGAAGAGUCCACACUGUACACUGGAGACUCUCAGUCUGUCAGGCUGUCUGAUCUCAGAGGAAGGCUGUUCUUCUCUGGUCUCAGCUCUGAGCUCCAACCCCUCCCAUCUGAGUGAGCUUGACCUGAGCUACAAUAAUCCAGGAGACUCAGGAGUGAAGCUCCUGUCUGCUGGACUGGAGGAUCCACUAUGGAGACUGGACACUCUCAGGGUGGAGCCUGCUGGAGUCAGAUGGUUGACACUGGGUCUGAGGAAGUAUUCCUGUGAACUCACAAUUGACACAAACACAGCACACAGAAAACUCAAACUGUCUGACAACAACAGGACGUUGACACGGGUAGAGGAGGAGGAUCAGCCUUAUCCUGAUCAUUCAGAGAGGUUUGACUGCUGGCCUCAGCUGCUGUGUAGAGAUGGUCUGACUGGUCGCUGUUACUGGGAGGUUGAGAGGAGAGGAGGAGUUGAUAUAUCAGUGACUUACAGAGGAAUCAGCAGGAGAGGAAACAGUAGAGACUGUGUGUUUGGGAUGAAUGAUCAGUCCUGGAGUCUUGAGUGCUCUGAACGUCGCUACUCUGUCAGUCACAAUAACAGAGAAACAAUCCUCCCUCUCUCCUCUUCUGUCUCUAGUAGGUUAGCAGUGUAUGUGGACUGUCCUGCUGGCUCUCUGUCCUUCUACACAGUCUCCUCUGACUCACUGAUCCACCUCUACACCUUCAACACCACAUUCACUCAACCUCUGUAUCCUGGGUUUGGGAUCUUUUCUUCUGGUGGCUCAAUGUGUCUGUGUCCUGUCGCUAAGGUUUAGGGUUCAGGUCCAGGUCUUCUGGUUCCUCUGUGUCUCUGUGUCCUGUCGUUAAGGUUUAGGGUUCAGCAAUCUUUCAGGUUAUUGUAAAACAAAAUAAUGAUCUAUUUACAAAAUAAUUCAGAAUGAUUAAACAGAUCCCUCGUUUAUAUUGUAAACUUCUUUUAAGUCAAGUCCUUUAUAUGUGGAAGCUGUGAUCAUGAAAUUGUGGAAAAGCCAUUGACUUUUCAUGUUUUGUUUUCUCUUUGGUCUCUUUUCACAAUAAAAGCAUGAAGUUACUGUGAGUGUGUUUGUAUUCUCUCUCAGGUCAGCACUACUGGAAUUUUAUACAGUGUAUACACUGGCCAUUUUUUUACAGUGAAUUUCCUGCAGUUUUUGUGCAUUUUUAGCUUUAUUUCCGAAAUCACUAUAGUGUGGUUCAACGAAUUUCUAGGAUAAUUGCCACACAUCUGGCGCCUUAUGUACAUGACCUUCCACUCUGUGUGUUGCCGUUAUUCAGGAAAUAACAAACUUCGAGCUAGCAAGCUACAAAUUGAAAAUUGUCUUGACUUUCAUCCAGCAAAUGGGUGUUUGUAGCCGGUUGGUGUUUUAAUCCAAACCACAAUCUUUUUUCUAAUCUUAACUGGUCUAAACUUCGCUGCAUGACACUCACUUUUUGUCGGGCCAAAAUCAACUGUAACAGCCUCUGAAAGGACGUCACCUCACAGUGAUCUGUACCCAGCUCACUGUCACCUUUUCUCGACUGAAUUUAACCGUAAAGACCGCUAAAGUUAACUGCCCGGAGGUAGCAGUAAUUUCAUAGGAUAUCAUACGAAUUGUUGUGCAAAAGUUUUCGUACCAUAUGAUUUGCAGCCGUUCAGAGAUUGCGUUGGUAUAUUUGUCUCUACACCCAGUCUGUGAAGUAAAAGAGGUAGAAAAAAUUAGGGGUGACCCCGAAUAGUCGAAGAUUCGAUGCAUCGAUAUACAGAGCCUGAUUCGACCACCAAUCUCACAGUCGAAUCUUCGCGGGUGUUAUUAUGAAACGAGGAUCAUACCAUUUUGGCAAUAUGGGGGUGCUCAAUGUCUAAUUUCACACAGAACUACUGGUUUUGUACGGUUAUAUUAAGUUAUAUACAGCCUUUAAUUAUGAUAAUGCUGUAAAAAAAAAAAAAAAAAAA